AUGUUUUUUUAUGCUCGACGAGAGAAAACUGCUAAGCUUGGCGGCGGAGGCAGCGACGCCAAGACUGGCAAAGCUGUUGUGCCCGCGAGAAACAAUCGCUGGCAAACGGCCACAUCCUUGAACAACACCCCGCCUGGGAGAGCAUUAAACGUCAUAUUUGGCUACUUGGUUAUUGGAGAUCUUCUCAUUUUUAACAUGGUAAGCACGUAUAUAGGGAGGGGAGCAAAAUGGCAUCAAGCUAAUACUUCUGUCCUGCAGGCGGAGCCAAGAUGGACGCUCCGGUUUAAGAACCACAACGUCACCGUUCUACUGCUGGUGUCUCCUGUCGAUGCGUUCGACACUAUCAAAGCUGCUCUAUUAAAGGCGCUUCAGACUCGCGGGAUAAAAGAGAUAAACGGGAAACCUGUACCAGAUGACGCAGCAGAUAUCGAGCUGGGCGUCCCUCUUGACCGGAAUAACCUAGAGAAGGGCUGGCAACCGCUGGCGAUACCUGAUGGCAAGGCAGAUAAGGGGGCGGGGAAAGGGAAGAACAGUGUCUUCAACUCUAGCCCCCAAGGAGCCGAUCUCAGAGAUGCCCAGGCUAUUGCAUUCAGGUUUCGGAAAGCGUCAGAGAGGAGUGCAGUCAAGGACGGUGAUCUCGAGAUGGACCUGGAUGACCCUGGCUGGGAUGUUCUGAUCCCUUCAUAUGAUGAUGAAGACGAAGACGAGUGA